AUGCGCCGUGAAAUUCUCUACAAAACCAUAACUAAAGUUAUUUCUGUAGAAAGUUCAGGGGAAAAGCUAAAUGAAUAUUAUUCAAAACAUAAAAAGUGCCCAACUUUCAAAGCUAGCGANAAAGUAUGGAUUUAUUAUGAACAAGGUUCAAUAACACAAACAUUACAACAGACAGUUAUACCUAUUAAUACUCAAUUAGAGCCGAAUGAAGUAAUUGUUGAAAUAAAAGCAGUUGCUAUCAAUCCUGUAGAUAUUCAACUUGGUAAUAUAUCACAAUGGAUCGCAAAUUGGCUAUUAGCUUCUGGUAUGAAUAAAGCAAAAAUUCCUGGUGCUGACUUUUCAGGUAUAAUUUACAAAAUUGGUUGUAAUGUUACUAAAUAUAAAAUAGGUGAUGAAGUAUUUGGUUUAAAUUUAUCCAUUACGGGUAAUGGAUGUCUUAGUCAAUAUAUAAAAUUAUCUGAAAAUAUGUCAAGUAUGACUCAUAAACCAGUUAAUUUAUCACAUAUUGAAGCAGCUGCAAUGCCACUUGUGUUUCUUACAGCUUAUACAGCUUUACAUGAUUGGGGUGGUUUUAUUGAUGAUCAUACAAAUAAUCAAAAAAUUCUUAUUCUUGGUGCAUCCGGUGGUGUUGGUCAUAUUGCUUGUCAAAUUGCACGCGCAAUGAAUAAAUAUAUUGUUGGAACAUGUUCAACUCAAAAUAUUGAAUUUGUUAAAGAAAUAGGUGCUAAUGAAGUAAUUGAUUAUACUAAAAAUAAUGUUGUAGUUGCAAGUAAACAAUAUGGACCGUAUGAUAUAAUUCUUGAUUGUGUAGGUGGAAUUGAAUUUAUUCCAUAUCUUAAUUCGGAUUUUCUUAAAUCAAAUCAAUCAAUUUAUGUAACAAUUGUUGGUGAUAAAACAUCACGAAAAAUUUUAGGUGGUGCAGCAUCUUAUUUAUUUAGUCCUACAAUGAUUUUACGAUCGUUAAAAUCAAUAAUUGGUCUUGGACCACGUUAUUAUUGUAUUAAUUUAUCAUCUAAAGAAGAAAAUAUAAAUCAAAUGUUUUAUAUGCUUAAUAAAAGCAUUGUUAAACCUGUAAUUGAUUCUGUAUUUGCAUUUAGUAAUCAUGUAAAACAAGCUUAUGAACGUUUAGAUACUAGUCGAGUUAAAGGAAAAGUUGUUAUCGAUUUUGAUAAAUAA